GCUUGUGCCGUCUCUUUCAGCUGCCCCCCGACCUUUCCCGUAGCUCAGCUCUGCCGACAGCCAUGGGGGCAUCUCAGUCGUCGCCACAACAGGAUGAAAAGGUGUUCACGCCGGAUACUUCUCUACACUUCUCAGAAGACGUCGUGAACCAGCUCGUUGACCACAAGGAGUCCCCCGAGAUAGCCCAUGAACGCCAACUCACCAUAGACGCUCACAUCCGUGCCCGUAUACAAUCUGAACUGACCCGCCUGCAUCGAGAGGAGGAGCGGGUCCGUGAGGAGAUUGAGCGUGCGCUCGAGAAGGAGAACCUCGAUCGCGAACGCAGCAUGGCUGGCGAAGACAGCGCGGCUGAAGAGGCUGGAUCUGCAGGUUCGGUCAAGAGCAGCGCUGCGCUCAUGGGUGAUCUCGAGGAGCUGCGCCAGAAGGUUGAGAAAUAUCAUGCGCGCCAACAAUCGGAGGAGCUCUCUGCUGUCCGUACGAAGGGAGAGGAAGUCGUCCUGUGUUAUCAGUCAAAUCCUACGACCACUUUAAAUUGUUGGAAGACCGUAGAAGAGUUCAAGGCAUCCGUAGCCCGAGUAGAACAGCACUACGUAAACUCUUUGCGGUAGUACUACAUCGUAGGCAGUAACGUCCACGUAUUCCACACAUUAUUCGUAAGGUGUCAGGCGUACACUAUGCGAGAGCUUCACUACGAUAGAGACGUUUCGUCCGUGGUUCAGUCACGUCAAAACGAGUAAGCGUGACUGGGGUCAUUAUAGGCUCAUUUGCGUCCGUUCACAGUCCGUCGAGGUCAUUCAGAAUCGUCUAUGCGGUCCGUCCUUCCACUUGUCCAACCUAGAAUCACUAUCUGGGCAGCUCGUUUUCUUCGCCGUACGCGAAACCUACCGACUCCCAGGGUAAGUCGUCCAAUUGUGAGUAACCGGACCCAGUGCUGUACUCCGAAAGGCGGUUAUUCGACGCUACUGACGACCUGUAGCGAUUCCAGGGCAUGUAGCCGGCGAGCAGGGAUCUUCGAUUGCCCUCAUUGCCCAAAGCCAUUAAGAGGCUAGACGGGACGCCCGAUUGGCCCUCUUCCAUGGCGCUCUGCGUGGAAUAUACUGAGCCAGAGCUCAGCGUUGAAGCUUGGUGCAUGAGUCCAUGCUGAGUGGGCGGGAGUUGGUCGGAUGCUGCCAGAGGCUCACCCACCGCGCGCGCUCGCUGAGGAUUUCUGCGGGGUAGCGGGGGAGGGUGGCCUGCCUCCGGCCGUGUGGGUGUGCCGUUCAGAUGGGCUAUCGGUGCGGGUGGUCGAGGGGAAGGAUUCGGAGUGGGCUUCUCGGGAUUGGAGGCUUCCUUCUUCAACUCGGUAGUACUCCUUAGUGUCGACUGAUUGGAUACGAAGGUAACUUUGCGUUCGUGUGACCCAUGCAGAGGAAGCGAGGGCCGGUAUUGAGACACCGGAUGCGACAAAGUAGACGCAUUUCGGCGGGUGUUCUCUCGAAUCUCGAGAAAGGCCAGGACUUCCUUGCGCUCUUUCGCAGUCCUCCGUUUGAUGCAUCUACCCCACCAAGUCCAACCAAUCACGGCAACGAGAGCAAGCACAACACCCGCUGCAGUGCCCCCAGCGAUUGCUGCUAUCGGUAUAUCUGAUGUGGCGGCGUUUGAGACGCUGCCGACCGUAGGCAAGGAGGCUGACCCGGCUGAAGUCACCGUAGUGGUGACGAAAGACGGCGAAGCGGGGACUUCGACAGUUGUGAAUACAGGCGUAGGCGCGUGCAGAGACGCCCCGGAUGGGGAGGAGGAGCUCCUGGUCACAUCAGCAGAGGUGGAGGGCAU